UGGCCUCGGCGCUCCUGCGGCGUCUUGGAGCUGCUCGGCAGCCUGCAGCCCAGCCGCGCUCACGGAGGUGGUCUUCCUGCGCUCCCACGUUUAGGAACUCAAGCCUGGGACAAUGGUGUGCAUUCCUUGUAUCGUCAUUCCAGUUCUGCUCUGGAUCUACAAAAAAUUCCUGGAGCCAUACAUAUACCCUCUGAUUUCUCCUUUUGUUAGUCGCAUAUGGCCUAGAAAAGCUGUGCAGGAAUCCAAUGAUAAAAAUCAAGGCAAAAUACACUAUAAGGGUACGGACAUAAAUGGAUUACCAACAAAAGGGCCAGCAGAAAUCUCUGAUAAAAAGAAAGACUGAAGCGAUUCUCGCAAAGGAUCUCAUUGUUUUAAAAAUGGACCUGGUAAUAUGAAGCACCUUUGUGGUUGUCUCUGACCUUUUUCUCGAGACCACAAUUCAGGAUAGAUAGUUCAGAUAUUUACUUGUUAUUAAUUAGGAAAUACAUGGUAUUUAUAUUUAAAAUGUGUUUAGUUAUAUUCAACGACCUCAUUCCUGAGUUCCUUUUUCACUAAUGUAGCUUUUAUUUCUAUUGUUGCAGUUUUAAUAAUAUGAAUAAAUAGGUUUGUACCAGUGGACACUCUGUUACUAAAUCUGUACUUAAAAAUCUUUGUGCCUCUAGCAUUCAUUCACAUGAAUUUGAGUGCUCUUUGCUCUAAUUUCUUAAGGCACUUCUAUUCUGAGUGGAAUACAGUUUUACUGUGAGACUGUUGUAUAAAGGUGCUCUGAAGGGUAGAGUUUUGGGAGAUGAUAAUGAUGUGAAACAUAAAGAUGUAAUGACUGUCCAACACAGUGGAGCAACUUACUCAUGAGAGGAGUAGUAAUUAUUAUUUAUUUAUUUAUUGCUUUGAGGAAGAUUGAAAAGACAGGGAAAUAGGAGAAAUUUCUUUGAAAAUGAAACAUCUUUUACAUAAAUGUCUAAUGUGUACUAUAAAAUUCUAAUCCUUGCUGCAUUCCUUCUAUUCCUACAAAUGUAUUAAACAUUCAGUUUAACUUGUU